GACGUUUGUAUUUUCUGUAGGCGCAUUCGGUGUUUUAGUUCUUUCAUCUAAAAAGAAUUCUUUAAAUAUUUAUUUUAAUAUAAACUAAUUGUUAUUUUUAAUUUAAAAAAGUUCAUUUAGUUUAUAAGCAAAUAAAUAUGGCGAUGUUAGCAGAGCCCCGUCAAAAGAGACGCUACCAUUUGACGCCAAAAGGAAAGCCUCUUUUCGAAGACACUGAUCGUUUUGGGACAAAAAUGCUCGAGAAAAUGGGAUGGUCCAAAGGAAAAGGCUUGGGUAAAAGCGAAGACGGCACCCAAGAUUUUGUUCGUGUAAAAUAUAAGUCAGACGAAAGAGGUUUGGGUUUCCAGGUGCGCGAUGACCAAUGGACCGAACACGACAAAAAUUUCAAUGGUCUAUUGCAAAAUCUAAACGGUGGUGUUGAUGGCAAUGGUGAAGCUGAUCCUAGUCCUGAAGAAUGUGAUAUUAUCACACCAACAGUAGGUUUGGGAUUUGCUGUAAAGUCGUCCAAAAAUAAGAAGCUCAAGGAACACAUAAGCGGUCAAUCUCUGGAAGAGAAAUCGAAAAAAAGCAAAGCCAGAGUGCAUUAUCAGAAAUUCACCAAAGGCAAAGACAUGUCACAGUACAGCGAAAAGGAUUUGGCCAAUAUCUUUGGUAAAAAGGCAAGUCCCGACGAAACCAACAUUUAUAGCCAGUUUCAGGCAUUCAAUGCGGGAGGAAGCGAUAGUGAUGACAAGAAAGUAAGUGAGCCAGAAGAGCCUGCCAAAGUUUUGCCACCAAUCAUCAAUACGGGUGUUUCCGUGAACGACUAUUUUAAAGCCAAAAUGGCUGCUCUCAAGGAAAAACAGGGCGGAUCUGAGUCUUCGAACCCAUUUAAUAGUAAUGUUAGAGUAAUAAAUAAUGUUGAGUAUGUUAUUCCAAAGGCGAAAAGGAAAAGAAGCACCGAUGGAGAUGGGUCAGAAAAUGAAGGGCAAAAAGUUCCUUCCAAAAAAUCGAAAACACUCGAAGAAGAGGAACCACAAGAGCAAGAAUCAGAGGAAGCUCCCCCAAAAAAGAAGAAGAAGAAAAGUAAAAAACAUUCCGCUGAAAGUGAGGAAACAGAGGUGAUACCUUCGGCAGAUGUGGAAAAAGAAGAAAGUCAAAAGGAGAAGAAGAAGAAGCGAAAGAAAGCUGCAGAAUUAGAGGAAACAAUCAUUGAUGAAAUCAAAGAACAGGAAACUACCUCAAAUGAACAUCAACCUGACUCAAACUCAGAAUCAAGUUCUUCCAAAAAAAACAAAAAGAAGUCCAAGAAGUCCCGAGAGGAAGACACCAAUAAAAAUGAAGAAGACAUACAAACCACUCCAUGUCCUCUUGUAGUGGAAGACAACGACGUUCCAAAAAAGAAGAAAAAGAAGGACAAGAAAAAUUCAAUUAUUAUUGAUCUUGAUUCAGAAGAAGAAAAGGAAGAAACCCCCAAAAACACCAACGAUACCCCCAAAUCCACAUCAGAAGUCAAUAAUAUCAAAUCUACAAAAUCUAAAUUGAAGAAGAACAAAAAAUCAAAAACAGAAGUAAGUUCGCAUCAAAACAAAGAUUUGACUUCUCAACCAAAAAACUUUUUACUUGAUUCUUAUACCAUUUCUACAUUCUGUGCAGAGAAAUUCCGCAACAUAGAAGCUCAUAAAUUCGAAGGAUCAAAUUUAAUGAUCAUCGACGGCUAUGGACUAAGUACAAAAUUAAAAUUGAACAUAAAGAAAAUCCCCGGCGAUGCUGACCGAAUCAUCAAGCUAUGGAGUGGGACAUUGGAUAAAUAUACACAUUCGUCGUCGAAACUUAAAAUAUACACAACUUAUAUGAAGAAGGUUAAACUGGCUAGGAGGACAAACAGCAAAAUACCAGAUUUUAAAUUUAAGACUUUGAAACGUAAAAACGCAUUUCAAUGUUUUUAGUUAGUAGGUAUACUAAUUUAUACUUUUUAGUUUUCAAGUUGUGUAUUUUUGUAUAAAAAAAAUAAAAGUUUACAAAUAAAUAAUUUAAUGUUAAAUUUUAUAUUUUAAUAAAACUGUUUAAUUUAUCCA